AUGCGCACUAAGUCCCCCGCCAGGCCUGCCCUCUCCAGGACCUCCUCCUUACAAGGAACUUCUUCUACUUCGUCCUCGGUAAGAAGAGACGAAGAAGAAACCUCUAAAAAAAAGGAGGAAGAGGAGCCAAAAAGUACGAAAUUUUCGAGCGAAAUAAAAACUUCGACACCUUCCUCGUCAUCGAACGUCUCUGACACUAAGCCGUCCAGUCUUCUAUUUUACCGUCCUAUAUCUGAAACGAAGCCACCAAAACCUCCCUCGCGGCUAAAGCCUUCCAUCAAGCUGGGGGAGAUCAAGGAGGCAACGAUAGAUGAGAAACCCAAAAAGAGUAUUGUCAGUCUCAGAAACGAAGGGUACAGUUGGAACAGAGAGGUUAAGAGCGAAGAUGACUCCGCGGAUGCUACCUACGUGAUCCAACUCUCCAAGCCCAAGAAAGAGCCAAAGAGAGUGGAAAUCGACCUUCAGUCGGAAUUGGAUCGCCUGCAGAAGGAACUGAAGGAGAAGGUAAAGCAGAUCGAGGAGCUGUCGGAGAAGUCGGAGACGCUGGAGAGGGAGAAUAAGGAACUCAUGGGCAAGAAGCCCAAGUUCGGUGAUGUGAGAAAACAAGCGGAGCUCACCAAGAUGCAACAAAAGUAUGACGACCUGAGCGAGGACAUGAAGAACAAGAACAAGGAAAUUAAAGACCUCAAGAAGGAGAUCGACAAGCGACCGCUUCCAAAAGAUGUUGAGAAGACCAUGGAGGACCUGAGAUCGAAGCUGCAGGCGGCGGAACAACUGUGUGAGGAGCUGAUGGAUGAGAACGAGGACUACAAGAAGGAGAUCAGAGCUCUGGAGGAGGAGAUCGAGGAGAUGCAGGACAACUUCCGCGAGGAGCAGGCUGAUGAGUACCGGGACCUCAAGCGAGAACUAGAGCAGACCGCCAAGAACUGUCGGGUUCUCCAGUUUAAGUUGAAGAAGGCAGAAAGACGCUCCGACAUGCUGGAGAGAGACAAGACCGAGAUAGAAGAGAAACUGAGUGAACUACAGGUAGGAGAAGGAGAUGUGGACAGAGCAGAGAAGAUCAAGAUGCUGGAGAAGGAGGUUAAUCUGGCCAAGGAUGUGUCGGUGAAGAUGCACGAGGAGAUGGAGAAAAUGAGGCAACAGCUGGAGUCUGCAGAGCAGGACAAGAAGAAACUCACAGAGAAGGUUCAAGACAAGCCGGUCAAGCCAGGUGGCAAAUACAGCCGUUCCCAGAUGAUGGGUCGCCAGGGCAGCCAAGACAACACUGAUCAGCUGAUGAGGGACCUGCAAGACUCUGCAGAGAGGGAGCAGGACCUCAAGGACCAGCUCAAGUUUGCCGAAGAAGAGACGAAGAACUUGCGUAAAAAGGUCUCGCGAGUGGAGGAGGAGAACGAGACCCUCGCCCUCCAGUUAAAGAAGAUGAGCAAUAAGGCCAAAGCCAUCAGGCAGAAGUCACUGGAGCGCACUGGGUCACUGGAGCGCUCCAGCUCCCUGGAAAGAGGCUCCCUGAGCCGCCAGGGCUCCACUGAAAAGCCGCCUGUCAAGGAACCCGACGAAGGAAUAACCGAAGAUCUCGACCCGACCGAACUCAAGCUCCAACUGGAGUUAAACGAGCAAGAAUCCUCUGUUCUUAGAAGAAAGAUCGAGGGACUGGAAUCGGAGAAUGAGCGACUACAAAAGGAAAUAAAGUCAGUCUUGGCGGCCACGGAGUCCAGAGCCAGCCAGGGCGACUCAGGCCUUGAGACAAGGAAGCUGGAGAAGGAGGCGGAGCUCCUGAGAGCUCAGGUGCUACAAGUGGAGAAAGAGAACGAGCGUCUGUGUGACGACAACACCAGAUUACAACUACGUGUGGUCAAGCGUCUACCUCUCUCAGGCACUGAGAGUAGCUACAUCGAGAGACAGGUGAUGGAUGACAAGGUACGACGUCUGGAGAAGAAGUUGAAGGAGGCCAACGAGAAGUUAAAAACAUUGCAGGUGACUGCCGCUGUGAACGUUCCAGGCACCGAGGCUGAGGGUAAGACAUUGGGACCCGCUGGUAGUUCAGAAGUGGUGAAGUUGAAACAGGAAAAAGAUCGCCUUCAGGGCCAUUUAGAGGACAAGGACAACGAAAUUGGUGGCCUGAAGAAGAAGGUAGACGACUUACAAGUUAAAUAUGACAAGGUGUUCAGAGAUUGUGAAGAAAUGAAGAGGUCUUCCUCAUACAAGGACAGAACUCCGAAAGUUCCCAAAGACUUCACGCCGAAGGCAACUCUCAUUAAGUGGGUCAAUGAACUAGAAUCGGAGUGUGAUUACCUCCCUGGAGAGCAACGCUAGCACCAACGUACCUCCAGUGCUACGCAGGUUCAGGACUCGUGCCCAGCCGGGUAUUAUGACCAAGGCUCAGUCCAUUUCCGCCAUUGGUCGUCAAGGCUCGCACGAAACUGACGUGUGAGGGGAAGAUGCACCGGGCACGCGAGGUGUGUUAGGUUAUGAGAGGUAGUGAAGGCUGGAAGAUGUAGCAGCAAGACUGAGGGACCUACCGGGACGCUGGCCUCACUGGCCAGGGAAAUUAACCACAGGAUUCCCUGAGUAUCGGCAGGAUCAGCGCCUACCUUCAGCAUCAGUGUCUCUGAAAUAUAAUGUGCUUGUGAAGUAUUAAAAAUAUGUGGGUCCAAAGAAAUUAUACAAAGCCAUAUUUGAUUCUUUUAUCACGUCAAAGAAUUACAUUAAUAAAACAGUAAUCCCUUAUAGGUCAAUCUCAAUCAAAAAUUUAGUUUAUCUGUUUUUUGGAUUUACAUAAAUUUACAAAAAAUAUUUAUAUAUUUAAUAUACGCGCUACUUAAAAUAUAAAUGAAGUAACUUUCAGUGCUGAAUAUAAAAACUUUGAAAUGAGAGAAGUGUUCUAAGAAAAAGUUAAUUUUUAGUAACUUACGAGCAUGAAUAAAUAAGCUCUAAGAGAAGCCUCAGCUCGCAGGAUACACAAGAGAACCUUCAACUGAACCUCGUUGAUCAAGGCUGCUGCAAGUCUUCAAACAAAAGGUGUUGCCGUAAUGUGCUGCCCUCCAGGAGACGCUUGACAAACCUAGAUGUAAAGAUUCUUUCCCGUAUGUGUCAAUUUCAGCAGGCUGCCUUCACCACCAGCGCUGAGAACCUAAGCCUACCUCACCAGCCUGUGCUCCAGGCUGUUAAAAGAAGAGGCUUUAAAAUUGCCUUCUGUAAUCAGAAACAUUAAGAAAGUCUUUGCUGGCUGUCAGCGCUAUAUAUGUAUAUUUGUGUGACGCACUGCUGAAACCUGAAUAAAAGUAACAUUGUAAAAGAUUUUCUUGUAAAAGAUUUUCUUCCGCUGUAAAUGACUGAUGUACAGCUCCACUCACACAAGUGCUGAGUGGCCGGGGAAACUAAACCACUGGCAAGAAAGCCAAACCAGGUGAGUGCAACUUUCACUGGUCAUCUGGCUGUUUCACUGGCGUUUAUUUGUUAUGCAGAAUGUACAUUUUACCCCUUUCAUUGUCAGUAUUUACAUAUCACGUUAAUGUCUUGUCUUGUCUUAAAACAGUGAUGAAAGGAGGCGCUUGUGGCGCGUACUGUUAUUAUUAUUGUUGUUAAACUUCCCGAUAAUUAAAUAUUACAACAGGAUAGUUUUGUAUAUAAUAUGUUCCAGUGUAAAUCAAUUUGAGAUUACUAAUUCUCAUUGUUUUCCAGCUAUUAAAGGAAGAUAUUCUGAAACAAAAUUUAAUGUAUAUCUAAAUAUCGCAUUUAUUCCCGCACAGCGAUGGGUAGACAGUAAUCUUUUUUAAAUAGGCAGAAAAAUAAAAAGAUUUAACGGCGAAAUUGGCAUUCAUGCAUAAACUUUAAGAGCAGAGAUACACAAUAUUUUGGAGAUCAUCUCAUCCACUCUUAUCAAGUUCCUCUUCAUCCAUUUGCUUCAGCUAAUGGUAACGCGAGAUCUGGAAACGGAAGUAUUACUUGUAGUCAUGUCUAGUCAGAAUUACCUGGAAAAACAGUAGUUUUGUCUUCCAUGUUUCUCAAAGUUGUGUGAUUAUCUGGACCUCUCUCUUUCUCCAAUGUUUAUCAGCUGUUUUAGUAAUCACAUUCAAGGAUCCUGAAUAAUUCUAAAUUCCGCAUCUUUUGAAUGACAACUGCUGUAUGACCCUUGUGGGUUUAGCGCUUAAACAUGUUAUUGAAAUUAUUAUAAAGUCUUCGGUUAAAGAAAACGAAAUUUACGGUGUGUUUCAAUUCAAACCGACCCUCGUGACAUUAUAAUCCUGGGAAGCGCUAAACGCGUAGUGGGUCAGAGUUGGGGGAAUUGGAGGGAAUCAGAUUUGAUCCAAGAGGAUAAUUUUAGUUCCUUGGACCAAGAGUCUUUGACCAGCAUCAGAUAAUCUCUUAGGGAACAGAUGUCACAGUCCCGUCCAUGUCUUAACUCAGUCACUGAGUCACUCAGUCACUGGGAGUUUACUCUUCCCAGUUACUCGACCUCGACUAUAGACCUCUGUGUGUACAUACUGUAAAGUUUCCUCAUAUGUUGCAUGGAUAUAUUAAAUUACAAAGAUUUUACAAUCAAUUAAAUGUUUUAUUUACUACAA